AUGUGUGAGCAAUGGCAUGUGUCGUUGCGUGAUAUCCGGGCUGUCUAUGAUCCAGAGAUGCAUAUAGCGAUGCUACAGGAUAGUAGCAGGCACCACUUCUAUGCCAAAUGCCUUCUGAAACACCAGGAGGACCUGAAGGACAAGGUGGCGGUUGACGUGGGGGCUGGCAUUGGAAUCAUGUCUGCGAUGGCCCUGGUGCAUGGCAAGCUGGGCCAAGUCCAUGCGGUGGAGGUCUUGCCUGAAGUGGCACGAAUCAUUCCAAAAGUCUUGGAGAGCAUAUUGGAUGCCGAGGACCGCGGUAAGGUCAGGGUUCACUGCGGUUUCGUUGAGAAACUUUGCAGUGUGCCUGGAUGGCCGGGCGAUGCAGUUGCCCUGGUGGUUUCAGAAUGGCUUGGCAUCCUGGCCUUAAACGAGGGCAUGGCCCAGCCACUGCUGCGCUGCCGCGAUGCGCUUUGUCAUGGUCCAGCGCGGCCGCAGAUGCUCCCAGGCUGGCUGCGCCUUUGGGUGCAGCCGGGCCAGGCUUCAGUGCAGCGGGGAGCUGGUGGUGACGUCACCUGUGGCCCAAGGGUGAUCACCUCUGAGCAACUGCAAGGUAGCCCCACGCUUUUGCUGGACCUGGAUUUGAACACUUGCAGCGUCAGCGACCUCUUCGAAAGCCAGGGGAUUGAUGUGGAAAGCGCUGGUGGUGCCACUGGCUUGGUUGGAUGGUUUGACCUACACUGUUGUAAGGAUCAUCCGGAUGUGGUCUUGUCUACGUCGCCCAGUGCGCCCAAGACUCAUUGGCUCCAGUGUUGGAUGCCAUUUGACAAAGCCCUGGAGGGAAGCACCAAGUUGCACGUGCAGGUCCAGCUCAAGCCACAGAAUUUGGCCGGGUUACCAGAGUUGUGCGUGGUGCUGUCUGAUUUGUCUGGUGAGGAUCACCAUGCGCAGUUCUUCCUGGAUCGAGGUGUUGUGGAAUACGGCAAGGUCAGAGCUGAGGCGAGAGAAUCAGAGCCCAAGAGGCGGAGGCUUGAAACAGAGGACAUUGAGGCCAUUUACUUCCCAUCCGAUGUCCAAGAGCUCCUGCGACUGGCCCAGCAGGCUGUGAAGGAAGGUGCAGGGCCUGAAUUAGCUUGA